UGUUCUGUUUCUUGUUUACAUUUUGCAAACAGUAUCCAAUAUGCCGAAAUUUAGCGAAAGAAGAAAACUAAUAAGUUAUCUCAGAACAACAUUUAUCGACAAUUUAUUACAUCUAGAAAUAUUUGCAGAUGGUCAAGACCAGCAAGAUCAGGAAAACAAAGCUAUCGAGGAUUACAUCUUUUCGAAAACGAUCGCACAAUAUUGUCGGUAUGCAGCUCUUUUUAUAAUUGGAUCUGCACCUAAAUCUCGACAUUUUACUGCUAACGUUCUACCAAACCUCGAUGAAACCCGUUUCAAAGAAUUGAUUCGUGUUAGCUGGAGCAGUUUCAAAAUAAUUCUGGAACUGAUUCGGCAUGAUGGGGUAUUCCACACUUUGCAAGCGCGCAAGCAAUUUCCCGUUGAAAUCCAACUUUUAAUAGUUCUCUAUCGUUUGGGAUCUUAUGGCGAAGGCGCAUCUAUUGCCAAACUUUCUGCCUUUUUUGGAAUUGGUGACGGAGGCACAGUUCAAAUCAUUACUGAUCGGGUUUUCAAAGCUAUUCUAAGCCUGAAAUCGAGAUAUAUCUCAUGGCCUGACGCUACUGAAAGACGCGAAAUAGUUGCAAGAAACUUCCAUGAGCUGCCUCAUUGCAUUGGGUAUGUUGAUGGUACAGAAAUUAAGCUGGCUGAAAAACCUGUUACUGAUCCAGAAGCAUAUUUCUCACGGAAACACAUGUACUCGUUAAAAGUCCAAGCCGUGUGUGACUAUCAAAAAAAAGUUCUUCAUAUCCCAAGUAACAAAACAGGUUAUAUCUGAGUUUUUUAGAGCUAAAUACAACCAAAACAUAAAACCUUCAAUGCCGACCACGCGGCUAUAACAACCUAUUAACAACAGCUAUAUACAUGAGUCAUGGCUAGUUGGCCCAGGUUUAAUGCAGUCAUCAAAACUUCAUAUGCGCUCCAUCAUAGGACCAGAUGUUUUUAACAGCCCGAUUUGCCUGCCAUAGAAUGGCCUCGAAAUUUUAACUGAGAUAUAUUCUCCAAAUUAAAUGUGAAGCGAUAAAUUUUAUCUAGGUUUCAUUUCUCAAUGCCAACAUUAUAUUCCGACAGUGUCGUGAAAACAGUAAUGUGUGAGUUCUUUUUAUAAUGAUUGAUUAUUAGUGUCAUCUGUAUCGUUUUCGUGCAAGUAAAAACACAUGCCGUGAAAUAUUUAUGGUGAAACAAGCCACAAAUUUUAUCGUAAUUACCACUCGCCGCCGUAAUUCUGUAGAAAAUGACUAUUCAAUCAAAAUUUUAUUCCUCUGAACUAGAAUGAUGAUUGAAUAAAUGCCAUGAUUUGUCAUAUUUUGUUAAAUGUAUGACUUUAUCAAUCAUUUGAAUUUCAAAUCUACUCUGUGGUAUCGGUAAUAUUUUAAAAUAAAAUGCUGAUUUAGGAUUGAAUUUCAUAAUUCCGCAUUUUUCAUUCAACGCGACAUGUUGUUUUCGGAUAAACCUUCGAACGCUCUCAAAAUCCUUCAUCAUAACUGAUUCUCUUAAUUUGAUCAGAACAUAGCGUAUAUUAAAUCCAAUACGCCUAUCACGGUAUUCAUCUGCCUAAGUUACGAUCAUCAAGUUUUAUUUUAGCCACAAUUAUAGUCUGCAGGUUUUUAGUUUUAUUUGGUCAACAGAGGGACUUUCAUACAACUUCAUGCAUAUGACGGUUGCCAUAGGAUGGCUGUAAAGAAUACUUGCCAAUCAUAUUUCGUGGCUAUCAAUUAAAACCAAAUUAUAAUCAAAGACUUUAAUGUAAGUUAACAUAAAACGAAAACAAAACAAUCCUAAGUCUUUGAAGCAUGUUGAUUGUUACUUGGGAUGGUACUUGGUUACCCCGGCAGCGUACAUGAUAGCAGGAUUUUUGACAACUGUGAAUUAUCAACGAAUCCCUCUAAGUAUUUCUCUGGAGCAGAAUGGAAAGCAGGCGAUAGUGCCUAUAAAUUGACAACCACUGUUAUUACACCAUACAGAAUAAAUACCACAGCAAGAACUAUCGAAGACAGGAAGCAAUUCAAUAAAACGUUAAGCAAAUUUCGAAUUAGAAUCGAACAUUGCUUUGGACUGAUGAAAGAGAGAUUCAAUAGUCUAAAAGAGCUGAAAAUUUCUGGAAGUGAUAAAAGCAUUAAACUAGCCUUGCGCUGGAUUCUUGUUAUUACACCCAACGCAAACGGGGAAUAUUUUAUUACUUUUGGGCUAUUUCUUAUUACUUUUUGUGUCUUAUGACUGCGCAUUAUACACAAAAAGUAAUAAAAAUUAUGACGGCCACACGCUUGUAUGUGUUUCUGCAGGAGAACAUACAGCCAAGCACCGAAAUGCAUGUGUUGGCAAGACUUCACUCGCUGCUUUUGUAUUGAUGCAACGAUCUGGUUCAUUUUUGUCUCCCUUCAUCCACACACAAUCAGAAUCUCAACCGUCAACCUCAAAUGUCCAAUUAGAAACACUUUCGUUUCGUCCCCCAGUGUUUACUUGAAAUGGAAAUAUGUAAUACUGUCUGACCAGAGUUGCCGAAGUUGCGAAUAUUGUUCUGGAUGGGCACGAGUUUUGUAUAUUCAAACAGGUCCAAAUGAGUUUUCAUGAACCAAUGAUUAUGUGCUGUAAAUAGCUUGCAAGAAAGCGAAUGUUUUUAUUUUUCUCUAACGCAGUUUACAGAUCGUGAUGUCAUUUUAAGGCGCAUUUCAAGUCUUUGAAAUCAUCAACGUUUGCAUACUCUAUGACGGGGAAAAUGUUGCUUGGCAGCUCUUGUCAUAUUUUUUCGCUGCUCCGUAUGCAUACAACGAGCGAACUAAUACACGCCCACCGGAUGAAUUGGAGAUUGAAAAAACUUGUAACAUGUGCAACUUAUGCGACGGUGUGUGAUUUUUUUUGACUUGAGGUGGAGAGGGAGCAUUUUUCGACAGAAAAAACGUUGCAUGUGGUUGAAACGACCAUUAUUAGAUAGCCGUACUCUCAUAACACGUGCUAAAUAUAUGACAGUAUGUGUUGUUACUUGACUGGGGAAGAAUUUUAUUGCUUUUUAAGUAACGGAUCUGUUACCUAAAAGGUAAUUUUGCGCUAUUGCUUCUAAAGUAAUAAGGAAAAGUUUUGCGUGUACCAUAUUGCAUAAUAUUCUAAUAGAGCAUCGUCAGGAUGAAGAUGACUUUGAACUACAAGAAACAGUAAACGAUAACAUAGAAGAAGACGAUGAAAUGCAUAGCACGAAUACGACAAACGAAGGAGAGCAGAAACGUCGAGCACUGUUUGAAAUAAUUAAAGAUUUGCAUCAAAUUUAACCGUUUAUUGAUAGAAAAAUCACAUUACUGAGCGCCAAAUUAAACAUUGUUAUUUGCUUUCAAAUGCAAUCCUUUUUUUUUGAUUCGCUCCAUGUACUCCAUAUCCAAAUUCAUCUUAGCCAUCGCAAGCCGUUCUUCUUUCUCCAACUCAUAGAAGAAGACGAUGAAAUGCAUAGCACGAAUGCGACAAACGAAGGAGAGCAGAAACGUCGAGCACUGUUUGAAAUAAAUAAAGAUUUGCAUAAAA